AUGUCGACAUUUGUUGGAGAUAGAUACAGGUGCAAAGAUUGUGUUGAGCAAAUAGGUUUUGAUCUUUGUGGAGACUGCUAUAAUACUUGCUCCAAGCGACCUGGUCGGUUCAACCAGCAGCAUACCCCUGACCACAAGUUUGAGCUUGUAAAGUCGACUAUUAUUCGUAGCAUAAUGUUGAGGUUGGUCACUGGACAGUUGGAUGAUGCCUCUGCUUUCGCCAACCAUGAUGAUGCUUCUGGAAUUUCUGAAAAUGAAACUCCCUGA